UCUGCUUUGAUUCGCACUAUCUCACACACCCUUCAAAACCUUUGCGUAAUGUGUAAAUCGCUUUCAAAAGUGUCAAAGUGAAAUAAAUACUUUUAAAGUGAAUAUGUAUGUUGAAUGAAGAUUAUUUUGCUGUUGGAAGUUGUAUUUUGGAAUUCCCAGUUUUGGUCAACCGAGCGCGUGUGAUGGAUGUCCGUCGGUGAGGACUACUGGCGGGCGCCGCCUUGUCCCUGCGCCCGCCCAUGGCCCCGGCGCUACUCGUCAGAUGUGUGGUGCGUUGGGCGAUCGUGGUGCAGUCAUGGACUGUUCUUACAUUGACUAACAGCCAACUAACACCAGCGCUGGUACCGUCUUGUCCGACGCAAUGUAUUUGUCUUUCACAAUCACAGGUGGUGUGUAACAGUGCAGCAUUACGAGGAGUUCCGUCGGCAUUGAGUUCCAGCGUGAUGCAGCUGUCAUUAUCACGAGCAGAUCUUCGUGUUCUACGUUCAGAUGCGUUCGCCCAUCUCCGUCAACUACGGCGUCUCUCCCUUGACGCCUGCAACCUGACCCGCAUACGCCCGUUUGCCUUUCGUGGUCUUCCGCGGUUGGACGAACUCUACAUACAGAACACUCCACUUGCAACUGUGGACUCAUUUGCAUUCGCUGCCCUUCAGAAUAUAUCUUCAAUUGUACUCUCUCAUAACCGCAUUGCUCAAAUCGAAAGUUAUGCAUUUGCGGGAACUAACUUUAUAAAACUUAUAUCCCUAAGGAAUAAUCCUAUUAAACGUAUAUUAGCUCACGCGUUCUCUGGUCUUAAUGAUGUAUCUCAGAUAGAGUUGCCUUCUGGAGUAAAAUCAAUUGAACCGCAGGCGUUUGCAGGCCUAGAAGGAGUGGGGAUAUUAGAGCUUGCAUACAUGGAUUUGCCAGCACUCUUAGCAGACACGUUUUUUGGCCUGACCCGUGUCGGAAAGCUUGUUUUGAGAGAAUCAGACCUGGGUAUAAUAAGAGUGGGUGCAUUCGAUGGCUUACGACGUGUCGACAUUCUAGAAAUAUGUAAUAAUAAGAUUGAUCGUGUCGAAGAGCUUUCUCUAAUACAGAAUAAUAGCGUCCAAACUUUUAAAUUGACUGGAAAUCACAUGCUGGAGACGCCUGAGGCAGUUAUUCUGGAGGUAGAGGAUAUUAUAAUACGCGGUAAUCAUUUGCCGUGUGAAUGCGGACUUGAUCCAAUGUUGAAUCCUUUAGCGAUGACCUCUGAUUUUGCGGAUGAAAAUUUGUGUAUAUCACCGCUCAAAGUGAGGGGUCGAAGUUUAUCUAGUGCGGCUGGAUCUGUUUGCCGAGGCGACGGAGGGGGCAGUGCGAGGGCGCGGGCGGCCGCUUGUGCAAGCCCAGUCGGUGAAAAUCUUGCUCAACCUCUGACAUUAACCUCUCUAGUGAUUGCUUUCCUUGUCAACAGCUAACUACCCGCCCUGUUCAAUAUUGUAUGUGUAUGUAAAUAUUGUAUAUUAUGUAAGAAUGUAAUGCGAAAUUUUACAUUGAAUGGGUUCAUUCAGUAUACGUUGGACCAUAAAUAAA